AUGCCCGUACAAACAAGCCCACAAACGUCAGAUGUGCCGAUGCCUUCGUUCAUGUCGGCCUUUAGAGGAGAUACAAACAGCACGGAAUUCGCCGGCUUAUCUGAUCGUAAUGCGACGGCCGCGCGGAGCAAUAUGCUGAAGAGUUCAGUCGCUGCUGAGACGUAUUCGUAUUCCCAGAAAUCCACGGGCCCAUCUUUCGCCGCUUUCCACCAGCCACACAACAGCAUAUCCACUUCAUCCUCAGAUUCGUCCGAUUCUUCGCCCACUACAGCAAACUCUACAGGUGACGCAUCUUCAAUGACGGAGCCGUCUCCAGGGCCGUCACCGGAGUCUCCUCAGGUCAAGAUCCCUCCGGCGUCAUUUUCGGCAGACUUCAGGUCACGCAGCACGGACUCAUCACCCACCACGUUCUUCGAACUCCAGCGGCCUACCACACCGGCCAAGAAACCGCGAAACUUGAAGAACCUGGCAGUCAAUACCUCAAAUCCUUUGACACUCAGCCGUGCCGUGACGACUGCGUCCAUUCCACAAGCCGCAAAAGCGGAAUCAGCAACGUCCGCACCUGCGUCACCGUCCUUCGUCAAACCACCAACCCCACCGCGACGGCGGCCUACAAACCUUGCGUUGACUAUACAAACACCGAGCAACAGCAAUGCGCCGAUCCGACUCGCCAUACCACCAACUCCCUCUUUCGCACGCCCGAAUACGCUCCGACACUUUCAGUCAUCGCCGUCGCUCCCGCUGUUUUCGCCUAGCGCUGCCCCUAAGGGAGGCAUGAUGCUGCCACCAGUCCGGCCGAAACCUGCACCGCAUGGAUUUGCAGAGAUACCUAUCGAAGACGAGGAAGACUCGGAGCCGAACUUCGACAUCCCGCAAUCUCGGGAGGAAAAACCAGAAUCUUACCCGAACGGUCCAAUCUGCAUAUACGAAUCUGGGGUGGAUCUGUACUAUGAGCCAACUGUCGAAGAAGCUUUGAAAUAUGAUGUCAUCAUGAACGUAGCGAGCGAAGUGAAGAAUCCGUUUACAGUUGCUGUAUCCUCAGACCUAAGCGAACUUGCUGCGAGAAGACAAGUCCAACCGCAGCAAGCGGAAGCCAUAUUUUCCGGCGAUCCCGCAGCGUUGAAGCCGUCGACGUUUGACCCUGCUACACUGCAGCAGUCGGCCUCACCCACUACGCCGAAAGCCGCUACAGGUCACGGCCUCCAAGGGACCCAGUCAUCUAAGACAACGUCGCCGUCAGAUCCCGAGUACAUCCACAUCCCGUGGGAGCACAACACGGACAUUGUUCCGGAUUUGUUCAGGCUCGUCAAAUUGAUUGAUGAUCGAGUACAGUGUGGUAAACGUGUACUAGUGCACUGUCAGUGUGGGGUCAGCAGAUCAGCGAGCCUGAUUGUCGCUUACGGGCUAUAUAAGAACCCGGGCAUUAGCGUGCAAGAAGCUUACGAUGCUGUCAAGAAGCGAAGCAAGUGGAUAGGGCCGAACAUGAGCUUGAUAAUGCAGCUUCAAGAGUUUAGAGACAAGAUCGUGAGAACGGAGAGCAACGCCUAUGGCGCUCGAUUUCCAGGUUCACGCCCGUCAGUUCUGCUGGCUGGGGCAUCUCCGGCUGAUCGACGAGCUGCUCCGUUCAACAGCAAUUCGUCUGAUGGAUCCCGGACACCGCGAACAGCCCCUUUGCCUCCACCCGAUGUCGACUCAACAUCACAGCGGGCGAGCACAGGGAACAUGCCACUGUCUGCUCAUCCGUCGUCAGCUCCACUCAAAUCACCAUGGUCCCCUGGCGUUCGCCAUUCAUGGGAGCCGAACUCAAAAAGCUUCGAUAUCUUGCCUGCUUCGGCUGCUCCGCAGAACACCACGAUGGCGUAUGUGGAUACUAAGGGUCACGUGGUGCCCAUGCUCACGCUUCCUUCCGAACCUUCACUUUCUGCUACACAUAAUGCUACUGAUCACAAGGCAGCCGAACAGACGACCCGUGAACACGUGAAACCCGUUCCUUCGAGCUCUGCGGCAGUUUCGAGCAUCUCAAGGCAGCUUCCUUUCCGAGAAAAAGGAGAAAGUGCCGACAAUGACCGCCACGUAACCGCCGUGUCACGGCCUCCGUUGAUGUCGCCACGAACCAGCGAGUUCCAUCUAACAGCAUUCCAGCAAAAAGAGCAGCCGGAGCCCGACUUUGGGUUACUCUCGCCGCGCGCGACUGAGUUCUCCAAUACGCCCUUCCAUUUCGCGUUAGAUGUGCCCCACGUUCUAGCAGUCAGUCCUGUGCACGAAACAUCGCACGUACCAGCCGCAAAUCCAGAGCAUCAUGCACGCCACGACUCAAAGCUACAUCCACAUCUGAGUGAUUACGUCGAGGGGAUUGGUCAGGCAGAGAGUAAAACAGACAUGCCGCCUCCGCUCGCUUCACCCCGCGCAACUGAAUUCCACAUGACGCCCUUCCACCAAUCCGAUCCAGCGGAGGAUUUUGGCCUCCUCUCUCCCGGUGCUGGCAGUUUCCCAACAGAUGCCUUCAAUUUCUUCGCUACGCAUAACAUCCAAACACCACCUCAAGCACAGCCCCAACCGAAGGACAAGGCCUUGCCUCAGCAUCGCCAGACUCAUUCGAUACUCCAUCAAGUCCGGCCGGAACACCAACGCUUUAACUCCAUAGCUUCAGUCGCCGAAUCGUUCCAUACGGCUCCUUCGGCUACACCCUCACCCCCUCAAACGCGACCAAGCAGCUCACUGCAACUGGAAGUAUCACCCACGGAUCAAGCUGCGGCAAGCGCCCAGGAACUUCCGCCGAAGUCAAAUCCACCUUCCAAGCCUGAUCAGCUUCGCCUGCAGCCCCUGCAAAUGACUACCGAGGCGAACUCAUCAAAUCGGCCGGAGCCGAAUGACAGUCUCGCUUUCGAUGCACUCCUAUCGCCACGCACAACCGAAUUCACACGCAACCCAUUCCACGUCGAGCUUUUCACGGCUACCGCGUCUCAGGAGACGAUCAUUAGAGUCGAGGACUUGAGCAGCGAUGUCAUGGGAAAGACGGAAGCUGCAGGCGGAAGCGGAGAGGGCCUAUUAAGCGAUGGGAAAGAUCCGAGGAGUCCACCUGUGGCGGGCGGGAGCCCGGUCGUCAGGAACAUCUGGGAUGUGCUAUGA